GAAGGAGGGCGAGCGAGGGGAGGAUGGCGAAGUCCGGGCUCCUGACGGAAUUCUAAUGAAUCAUUGAUUGACCAGCACCAUUUUACCAGUUGGAAUGAGUUGUCAGAAAUGGGCAUAGUGGUUUUAGAUCCAGCAUGUAACAGAUGGAGAUUACUUCUUCAAGCGAACACCUUUUUUGACUGUGUAGGAUCUUUGUCUCUUCACCUUUGAAUUUCUUUUGUUGGUAAAUAAAAGGAGUUCAUGUAGUUUUUGCCCUAGCUUGAGUCACCAUGAGUAGUAGUUUAGGAAAAGAAAAAGACUCUAAAGAGAAAGAUCCCAAAGCACCAUCAGCCAAGGAAAGAGAAAAGGAGGCAAAAGCCUCUGGAGGUUUUGGAAAAGAGAGCAAAGAAAAAGAACCUAAGACCAAAGGAAAAGAUGCCAAAGAUGGAAAGAAGGACUCCAGUGCUGCCCAGCCAGGGGUGGCUUUUUCGGUUGAUAAUACGAUCAAACGACCAAAUCCAGCACCUGGGACUAGAAAAAAAUCUAGCAAUGCAGAGGUGAUUAAAGAGCUCAACAAAUGCCGGGAAGAGAACUCAAUGCGUUUGGACUUAUCCAAGAGGUCUAUACACAUAUUGCCAUCAUCAAUCAAGGAGUUGACUCAAUUAACAGAACUUUAUUUAUAUAGCAACAAAUUACAGUCCCUCCCAGCGGAAGUGGGCUGUCUAGUAAAUCUCAUGACACUGGCUCUAAGUGAAAAUUCACUUACCAGUUUGCCUGACUCUCUCGAUAACUUGAAGAAGCUCCGGAUGCUUGAUUUACGGCAUAAUAAACUGAGAGAAAUUCCUUCAGUGGUGUAUAGGCUAGAUUCUCUCACCACUCUUUACCUUCGCUUUAAUCGUAUAACUACUGUGGAAAAAGACAUCAAAAACCUGUCAAAACUCAGCAUGCUUAGCAUUCGAGAGAACAAAAUCAAACAACUACCUGCUGAAAUUGGUGAAUUAUGUAACCUCAUUACGCUGGAUGUAGCUCACAAUCAACUUGAACAUCUUCCAAAGGAGAUUGGAAACUGCACACAGAUAACCAACCUUGAUCUGCAGCACAAUGAAUUGUUAGACCUCCCAGAUACUAUUGGAAAUCUGUCCAGUUUAAGUCGUCUUGGUCUGAGAUAUAACAGACUGUCAGCAAUACCCAGAUCAUUGGCAAAAUGCAGUGCACUUGAAGAAUUAAAUUUAGAGAACAAUAACAUUUCUACUUUACCAGAGAGUCUUUUAUCAAGUCUUGUGAAACUGAAUAGUUUGACCUUAGCUAGAAAUUGCUUUCAGUUAUAUCCAGUAGGUGGUCCAUCUCAAUUUUCCACUAUCUAUUCCCUCAACAUGGAACACAAUCGAAUCAACAAAAUCCCAUUUGGAAUUUUCUCCAGAGCAAAAGUAUUAAGUAAGCUGAAUAUGAAGGACAAUCAGUUGACAUCACUUCCCUUGGAUUUUGGAACUUGGACCAGUAUGGUAGAAUUGAAUUUAGCUACCAAUCAGCUCACAAAGAUCCCUGAGGAUGUGUCUGGUCUUGUUUCUCUUGAGGUUUUAAUAUUAUCAAACAAUCUUCUAAAGAAGCUUCCUCAUGGCCUUGGAAACCUCAGGAAGUUAAGAGAAUUGGAUCUAGAGGAGAACAAAUUAGAAUCCUUGCCAAACGAAAUUGCUUAUCUUAAGGAUUUGCAGAAAUUAGUCUUGACAAACAACCAACUGACCACUCUUCCCAGAGGCAUUGGUCACCUUACCAAUCUUACACAUCUAGGCCUUGGAGAGAACCUACUUACUCAUCUUCCUGAGGAAAUUGGUACACUGGAGAAUCUAGAAGAACUGUAUUUGAAUGACAACCCCAACCUGCAUAGCCUUCCCUUUGAGCUGGCUCUUUGCAGCAAGCUUUCAAUCAUGAGUAUUGAGAACUGUCCACUCAGCCAUCUUCCACCUCAGAUUGUUGCUGGGGGUCCUUCUUUUAUCAUUCAGUUCCUAAAGAUGCAGGGUCCAUAUCGUGCCAUGGUCUGAUACAAAUCUGCUGGUCCCACACACUGUUCAAAAAUA